AAAUAAGCGUAUAGCUCGUGCUUCCAACCUCUUUCCUUUACAUCACCCUCGAAAAGACGGCUCGACGCACGACGAACGCUCGGAAUCGUGACAGUUUGUUCCGCGCACGUGUCGGACGAUAAAAUUAUAGUGCCCGUUCUACAUGCAGUGUCGUACAUUCUAUUUGUCCUUAGCAACAUGAAAAUCUGGACGUCAGAGCAUACUUUCGAUCAUCCUUGGGAGACGGUAGCGCAAGCUGCUUGGAGGAAAUAUCCAAAUCCUAUGGUCCCGUCAGUUAUCGGGGCCGAUGUCAUAGAUAGAAAAGUAGUCGAUGGGGUUCUUCACACUCACAGGCUUGUUGUCUCUAGUCACUGGGGUUUCCCUAAAUGGACGCAAGCGUUAAUCGGCUACGCGAACUUGUGUUAUGCUAGCGAACGCAGCGAGGUCGACCCAGUGAACAGAGAAAUGGUUCUCAGGACGCGCAACUUAACUUUCGGCAAUUACAUCGCUGUAGACGAAGCUGUCAGAUACACACCCCAUCCGGAAGAUCCUGGCAAGACAUUGCUCACGCAGGAGGCGAUAGUCACUGUCCGGGGGGUACCACUGACCAACUACAUGGAGGAUCUCUUAACUUCAAAAAUUUCUUUUAAUGCGAGCAAAGGCCGGCAAGGCUUGGAGUGGGUGAUCAACAAGCUCGAAUCCGAGAUGAAGGAGUUUGCCUGAAAGGCCACGCCGCCGUCGCGAAACUUCUGAACUGCCGCUAUCAGCACAACACGAGCGCCGGUGGGGAGCGGCAACUUCUAGAUCGAACGAUUACGCGGAUCAGAAGAACAUUAACGUCCCGGGCUUCGUCAGAAACAAGCAGAUGAUUCGCCGCGGGCCACGUAGAUCGCCUAAUUGAAUUUUGCGGAACUUGUUACUAGGAACGGUUUAUAGGAACGAACGCUUCCUUUGAGAGGUGAUUGCCUUUCGCAACGUAUACUGGGUCCAGGCCUGCAAGGUGUCUGUCGAACGUACGGGCGAAAUAAUACGACUGAUAUAGACAUAUGAAAACGCGUAGGUUUAUAAUUCAAGUGAGACGGCACAACGGCUGAUCCGAUGACCAAAUGAAUAGCAGCGACUAUCUCGACGUUUUAACUGUACCCACGUACCUCUGUCGGUCGACUUGUGCGAACUCACGGCGAGUGCUCACCGUGUCAAUGCCGGUAUUGCGCGGUGAAGCUAUUAUACUCGGCCAAUUUUGAUACGUGGACGCGUCCUCGGUCACACAGUUUACAUAAAGGACUUUAGGAACAAAUACAUAUAUGUAUGCUGCUGCAUCUUGUUUAGCGAAAUCUUAUGUUACAAUGUCCAAAAAGUAUUAGAUGUGCAAUUUCUUAUAUACCCACAAAUUGUCUCUGUUUACUACCUUCCUAUCACGGCUCGGUAGGAUAUCGGUGUGUUUUCAAAGCCCAUUGCGUCAAUUAUAUCAUUGACAUAUUGGUUGGAUCGGUUGCAUCAUUUUGUCGAUGCUUGUUGCACGACUCGAGCGUGUCCUAUGAAACUGCUACAGAUCUACCCUCAUUAUCGUCCCUCGUUGAUUGGCCUAAAGUAAACAAUGCAGCUACAAAUCAUCGCGAAGCUAUGCUCUCUGGAACUACGCGUUCUCCCUGAACUGUCAUUCUUCCUCUACAAGGAGCCGAGGCUCUGUAACUAUGACAGAGGAGGCGAUUUAUCUCACUAUAUUAUCUCAUGUUCCGAAAAUGUGGUCUCUUUGACGAUUUCGUCACACGUCAGAGGCCUCGCGUUCAAACACUGUACCGAUCAAUCGAUUUCUCGUGGUCUCUCAUACGCUUUGUCGGCGUGCCGAAAAUUCAGCCGCCAUGGUGAUUCCUUCCUGCAUUACUCGUACGUUUCUGCUGAGCUUUCCGGUUUCUUUUUGUUUUUCUUUUUUUUUUGUUUUUUCGUUGUCGGACGGGUGUUUUUCCCUUUCAGUCGACGGUCCGUUAUAUAUUCAUUGACCACUUUUAAAUUCCAACUGUGGAAACAUGAAAGCUUCCUAUCGACUGUAAAAGGAACACAGAACAAUGGCGUAUCCUUUGUAUAGAAAAAUCAAGCGGGCAAGAACGGGAGAACUCGCGCGCGAUACCCACAAGCGGGACGCGCCAGGAUGCUUUAAUUUAGUGAAGUCGACAUGCACGUCGAACACGGACGUUGAUUUACCAACGAGCUCAGCGGUUCGAUAGGAAAACCGAACAUCAGACAUCAAGCAUCGGUGCGUGGGGCGCGUACAAAGGAUACUACCCGCCCUGUGAUAGGAAGCUGUCAAUAUUUGUCUGCGUCGGAUAACAGAGAGGUCAGCAAUGAACCGUAACAUCAUCAAUUAUCUCUUACAUACCAGCACCAAGCGCGAGCGCCGCGUCAAAUUUGUCCCGCUCGUUCUACGUCGUUCCCGGUCUCUCACUUCUACAUCGUCCAUUCACGAUCGCUCACCUCCGCUGGCGGCCGGCUGAAGGACGUGGGGCCACCGUCGCCGCCGCCGUCGUCGGUAGAAAUUGUCUCUCGACCAGCCAACCGAGAGCAAUAACGACUCGGCCGAAAUUCUGGGCCGUCGGGAAUUGCUCGGAAUGCCGAGUCCGAUAAUCCAAUGGCGAAUCGAACUGCUGCACGUACGUUAUGUGCUCCACACGUGGUAGUACUCGGCAGAGCAUGUGCCGCGAGUGCCCUCCAAGGGUAGUUAGGGCGAUCGAAGACCCGGUCAAGAGAAAACGGUAUUGGGAUAUUCGCUGCUGUGAGUAUCGGUGGACUGCCUUGGCCGACAUGUCAAGGUCUUCCACGUGGAGCGUUCAUUUGGCGAAGAAGUUAAUGAGAGUUGGACUUGUACAUAUAAUGCUCGCCUUGCCUUAACGAUUUGAUUUUACAUUGCGAGAUUAUUUAUUAUGAGUGUAAUUAUUAGCGUUUCAGAGAUUGCAGUUAUUUAUUAAAUUUCCCAGAAGCGAUAUGAGAAAAGAAUACUCGAAACAUAUAAUCUCAUUUUUAGCAGAAUCCUUUUAUAUCAUAGUCUCAAGAUUCUCCUAAACCUCAAAGGAAAACGUCCUGAUAUUCAAAAAAGAGAACUUUAGUGCAAGUUGCUAUUUUCUGUAACCCCAUAUGCUAAACUGGAACUUUUCCCGAAGGAAUGUUUCGGGAAAUAUUUCUCUUCUAAUGAAGAAGAAUAAUAUUAUGUUUAGAAUAUCUUUCUUUUGGCUUUAGAAGAAUCCUUUUGAAGCUAUUACAGGGUGUCCUACACUAACUGCCAAAUAUUGAAAUAGCAGAUAGUAGAAAUUAAACUGAAAAACCCUUUAAAUACGAGCAAUAGUUAACGAGUUAUUAAUUAAUUUUCAUACAUAACACAUCUUAUAAUUGUUGGACGCAGAUAGCGACGCGUACCGAAAAAAAUGUAAAUGUCCGCCGUAGAGCUGUAUCAAUAGUUAUUCUUUGAAACUUUUCUCAAGUGAGACACUCAGAUCUGAAUUCAGAGUUAAACAAGUUAAACCGCAAUUACAGAUGAUAUGAUAUUUGUCACAUAUAUCAUAAUUCAACUGAAAAACUUGAAUCUAACUGAAUAAAACACUGACUAUCUCAUAUGAGACAAGUUUCAGAUUACAACUAUUAAUACAGUCCUUAGACUAGUUUCUAUAUUCUGAUUAAUGAGCUCUCUCCCCCACUCCCUCAAUUAGAAUAGCGAAGAUAGUUUCCAUUUCGGUUUGACUUCCAUUAUCUACCAUUUCAAUAUUUGGCGAUUGAUGUGAGACACUCUGUACAAGAGGAUUUCGUUAAGGACGAGAUUAUAUUUGUUUGCGUGAAUGUAUUUCCUUGUCAAGAUUUAUAUUUAUAGAUUUAAUUCGGCUUUGCGACUGCGAGUUCUUCAAAUUUCCGACGCCUGUGUCAUCGAGUUCGAUUCCGAACAGAGCAAUAGCGCGAAACGUGCAAUUGAUGUGCAUAUUUACCUUCGGUAAGUCGUCGCGUGUCCCACGCCUUAUCCAUAUUUAGAUUACAACGCUUUACAUUAGAGACGGUGCGGCCUGAAGUGGCAAUACCCAACGGGGGCAAAAGUCACUCUGGCGCGAGAUUUUCGGAAAAUCGCUAUGCGUCGCUGCUUGCCUCAGAACUCGUGAUUCGGCAAUGAGACUGCAACGGGGACUAGGAGGAUCCCCAUGGCCGAUAGUCGUCGUCGUCGUCGUUGCUCUCGUUCCUUCGGGCUCCAAGCGUAUAUGUAUCCAAGCUCGUAAAAAGGAUUCGCCUUUCAGUCGAAUCCCGCCGCCACCUCCACCCUCCACAUCCUUUCAGUCGCGCUUCUCCUGGAGAAGGGUGGGAGGCUCGAAGGAUCGUCGAAGGGGCUCAUGGUUUACACAUCGUGACGGCGCUCUCUCGUCAAAACCCGUAAAAGCUCUCGGGGACGAUCGACUUUGAGAGCUAGCAAGCGGUCAAGGAGAUCCUCCUCGGUUGCCGAUUCACGAUCUCGUGAAAAGCUAUCCGCCGCAGUCUCGGCACUCGUCUUAUUUUCCUUGCUUCGCUCCGCUGCGCUCCUUGGCGCCGAUAGCCUUCGAGGGGCCGCAAAGCGGCGUCGAUUUUGUUCCAAAUAAUAAAUUCAGCCGGCCCAGGCCGAAAUACCCGCCGGCCGAUCGAGUGCACCCCCUGCAAACUUCUAACGGCUGCUUUAUUUCCGUCGGACGUUCUUAAAGUUUCGAGGACGCACUUUCGCGUGCCUCGGCCGUUAUCGCUCGACAGCGGUGGAAAACUCUGCCGCUUGUACGGCAAAUAAAACGCACGACGUGAUAUUUAAUUCGGUAGUUUCCAGCAGGGAAAGUGCAUUGUCGGCGAAGGAUUACUCUCGGAGCGGAUCGAACACAUUGUUUUCGCCUGUACGACCGUGUAUUUUGGUUAAUUAGAAAGCGAGCCGUGCAGUCCACCUCAGCGUGGAAUAAUUUCGCGCAGGAGGAUUAUCCGGCCGUCAAGCUGCUAUUUUACUCGCGUCAGUAGAUAAAGAGAAUCGGCCGCAAACUAGCACCCGAUGUUCGCAAACUCUGUGUAUUUCUAAACCAACUUCGUCAAUACAUCCCGUUUUAUCCUUUCUGGGAAAGAACUUUUAAUGAGUUCGCGUACACUGUUUAAAGAUUUAAAGUUUUGCGAGCUUCAAAGAGAUCGUGCCAUGCUUCUCUAAAGUAUUACAGGCGGGGCGGUGCAUUAUUACGACGUACAGAACGUCUGCGAUAUUACAUCGUAAAAAUUGCUUCUGUAUAUUAGUUCCUCCGCUGGCUGUUCCCUAUCAAAAACUCAAAGAAAAAUGCACACUGCGAGAGCCGACGAAGGAUAAGAAGAAGCCCUCGAAUUUAAUAAAAUUUAAUAUGAUCGCGAGAAUCUCUUUAACACCGGGAAAUAAUAGCGAACGAACUUCAUUUCGGCGUUUGCGUACACACACGGAAAAAAUGAGCCCGCUUGAAUUAACAUGACAUAUUUGGUUGAGCAAGUUUUGCUGAAGACAAAUAGACUUUCGGGUUAUAAUAAUGAAAUAUUCUAGUAAGGUAGUUGUAAUACUGGUCAGAGUUGGUUACUGCGUGCAAUAACAUCCAAGAGUUUGGUUACUGCAUGUAAUAAUAUCCAACAGUUUAGUUAAACGACUGCUGAUAGAAUUGAAUAAAAUUACUGGUUAUUAUAAUCAACUAAUCUGAUAUUCAACGCUACUUACAACAUAGAUAUACAAUAUAUGACCUGUCAGAUGGCGUAGUGCGUAGACGGGCGACUCACAAUCCGUCGGCUCGGGUUUGAGUCUCAGCUGGACAAAAGGGGCGAGUUUUUCAAGUUCAGUUAUAUAUAUAUAACAUCAAAUCAAUUAAAUGAUUAACUUUGAAACAAAGUAAUGUCGUACUUAACACCUUAAAAACAACUUUCAAUUGAAGAAAUAAUAAAGUUUCUAGUGGGAAAUGUUGAAGUAUUAUGUUGUAACCAAACUCUUGUCUGGGCUGCUAUUUUGUUAUAUCUUCUUCUGACAACUGUCACUACUAUAAUAUUAUUUCCUCAAGUCUUAGUUAAGGACAUCGUCUACCAUUUGUAGGGAGGAAGUGAGUGAGAGAGAAGUUGCAGCAGUGUACUUCGUCAUUUCGAUCAUAGAGCUUUUCUUUCUCACUACUACCAUUCUCCUAGAAGUCACCAUGAUAGUUCAAAUGAUUUGUAACACUUUCAUAUAUUUUUUAAUGGCAAAAAUGAGUGUCAUCUGCAAACAUGUAUAUCGUCAAGUUCGAGCUGAGUCUGUGUCCGGGUACGCUACCCGUCAUGCUAAUCAGUAUGUCGAUGCAACCAUUUGUGCAGAAUAGCUGCGCUGGUUACUUCAACCAGAACGCAUGUAACCAAAUUUGCCCGGUCGCCAAAAUUAUGACUCAUUCAUUUCUCACCAAACUGUCUGGUUAAUGUGUCCUGAAUUCAGAUUGAUUGAACCAAUUUUUUCCCCGUACACGACGACGUGAGAUCGGGACAUCGAAUUGGAGCGUGACGCUCGAACGACCCUCGGUGCGCGGUUAUCUGCGUGAAAAACGACGAAGCCAUUUCGAAGCACGACACACAACUAUUAAAAUUAUAUUGUCCUCCCCCACCCCUCCCCCCUGACUUUACGUGUUCAAGUCUCUACAUCAUAAAACCGCGUAGAUAAUGGCGACGUGACACUGCAAAUCAUUGCUAAACGUGAGGAGCAUCAGCGAACGGCGGCGAACGAAGACCGAGUGAUCUUCUAGUUAAUAAUAUCAGUAUGUGUGUUCUCUGGACGCACUGGUAGGUGUAGCUGCGCGACAAAGUUGAUCACACACGAAAUUGGCCAAUGCGUGUCGGCGUUGUAUCGCGUCGGCUAUGCGAGGCAGAUAGGUGUUCACCGUAAAGCAGAUACAUAGAUAAUAACGGGAGACGUUGAGCCGUCGCGGACGACGCGGCGCAUACGCUCGCCCUAUUAGCAUACAAUUAUCUUUACGCUUCUUUUAUGAUUCAUAUUUAGUGCCGAUUUCGCCGCCGUCAUCUUGUCCCCCGCCCCCCCGCCCGUCUCCCCGCUCUCCUGCGCGCCACCUCCUUCCCCCGCGCGCGUCGAAACCGGCUCGAAGUUAGCAACUUUUACGAUCGCACUUGUUUCGGAAUUUAACGUAUCCCGUGCUUGCCUGUUAUCGGGCCGCCACGAUUCGCUCGCACUCUUGUUAAACGUGCCCCGGAAAGUACCUCCGAGAACAUGCACUCGAAAAUUUAUCGUCAUACGUGCGAACAAUCGACAGAUACGAUACACAUCGAUUAUGUUUGCUUGUCACGUCGAAACUAAUGCGACACCGCCCACACAGUUCAACAAUUCGUCGGACGAGACGACGACAGUGUCAGACUGUCAUUGUAUCAUUGUACUGAUAACUUUUUAUAAUACCGUGUAAAGAAACAAAUGUUGUGAAAUACGAUGUAAAAAAUAUAUGAAUAUAAUUUUCAAUAAUAAUUUAAAGUAUUCUGCUGUUUUC